AUGGCGUCCAAAGAGCAAAGAGUGAGGUUGUUGGGAACUCUUGGUAGCACAUUUGCUUACAGGGUACAACUCGCCCUCACCCUAAAGGGAAUUGAGUAUGAAUAUGUAAAAGAAGACCUCAAAAACAAGAGUCCUCUUCUCUUGGAAGCCAACCCUGUGAAAAAGAAGGUCCCCGUGCUCAUUCAUGGUGAAAAACCCAUUUGUGAAUCGGUGGUGAUAUUAGAAUAUAUAGAGGAAAUCUGGCCGGAAAACCCCAUUUUGCCCAAAGAUCCCUAUGAGAGGGCUCGAGCUCGAUUCUGGGCAAAAUUCAUCGAUGAGAAGAUUGUGUCUGCUUGUUGGACUGCCUACAGCACGCAAGGGGUACAACAGGCGAAGGCCCUUGAAGAAGCUCAAGUUGCCCUGAAAGCCCUAGAAGGAGGGAUCGAGGGGAAGUUUUUCAGUGGAGAAAAUAUUGGAUUUUUAGAUAUAGUUGCAAAUUUUAUAGGCUGGUGGAUGGGAGCUCUAGGGGAAGCUGCAAAUAUAAAGUAUUAUGAUGCUGAGAAGACCCCACUUAUUCAUUCUUGGAUUCAAGAGUUCAGAAACGUUGAGGUUGUGAAAGAGAGCCUUCCUUCUCGUGAUUGGCUUGUUGCCUUCUUCAAAGGUCACCGUGAGGCCUUACUUGCCACCGCAAUUUCCUCCUAA